UCAGUCCCUCCCGUCUUGCUCUGCUCUCUUUGCUUUUCCGAAGGCAAAGGGAUCCCAAACGCUUUCACCCCACCAACCGCCAUUUCUCUUGCGUAAAGCUUUCUCAUCCAUAAUUUGUACUAUAUGUCUAUGUCCCAUUGUACUCAUUGCUAGCUAGAAAGAGAUAAAAGAGAAAGUGAAACAGAGAAGAAUUAUCUGCCAAGGUACAUAUUAUAAAGGCAAAAUGGAUGUGGGUAGGAGGAGAUCAGAUGCAGGAGUGCUCAGGACUGGGAACACUGUGGUUGCAGGGUCAGUGUGGGAGAACAGGAUGAAGCUUGAUGAAGUCAGAGGUGGGAUUAAGGUCUUCAAUGGUGAUCAGGAGAAUUCUGAAGAGAGCAGCAGUAAUGGGGUUGCUGCAACAACAACAACUCCUAGCACAAGGUUGAAGAGAGGUCAAUCUGUUGGUGGAGCAGUGAGCAAUGGGAAGAGAAAGACUUGGAAAUCUGAUACAAGGGUUGAAGGUUUGGACAAGAGUGGGUCCAGAGGAAAAUCUGAGUUGAAGAAUUCUGAUGAACAGUGCAAGGAGUUGAGUGUUUCUGUCGAUGGGAUCAAGAACAGCCCAACUCAGGUGAGGUCUGUGAGGAGACUUAGAUCUGAGGGAAGCAAGGAGAGUCAAAAUGCUGUUGCUUCUGAUAAAGCUGAGAGGAGCCCGGUUGGGAGUAGGAAGCCAAGGACUGAAUUGCUGAAAAGUGCUAGUGAUUUGGGUAAGGAGGAGGGAAUUGAGAAGAAUUUGGGUCAGUUGAGGAAGGUGAAAUCGGAGUCGAUCAGGGGAAGUGAUUCUUCUGGCAAUGCAAUUCAAUUGGGGAAGGUGAAAUCGGAAUCGAAUAAGGCCUCCCCAGAUGAAUUGGAUAAGGGAGUUGACAAGUCUGUUGAGGUGAUUGAGAAAAUCCCAGUUGGGGAGGAGACCGGAGAUGGUGGAUCUGAUGAGAAUUGCAAGGAGUUUGGUGUGUGCAGAGAAAUGGUGGUUCCAAGCAAUGUGGAUGUGGUCAAAUCUGAUCCAACAGAAUUGGUGAAUGAUGUUGCUGAUGAUGAAGAUGGUGAUGAAGAAGAAGAAGAAGAAGAAGAAUUGGAGGAAGAGGUGGAUGAAGAAAUUGAGGUUGAAGUUGAAAAGAUGAGCCUUGAUAUUAAGGAAAUCAAUGCACCGGUACAAGAGAAAGCACCAGUUGAAGAAGAAGCACCAGUUGAAGAAAAAGCACCAGUUCAAGUGAGAGCACCGGUUCAAGAAAAAGCACCAGUUCAAGUGAGAGCACCAGUUCAAGAGAAAGUGAGAGCACCAGUGCAAGAGAAAUUAAGCAAGGUUGUGAAUGAAGUGAAGGUAGUGAAUGAAGUUAAGAAGUUUCAAUUAUUUGACCGCAAAUUAAGAAACCAAGAAGUGAAAAAGCUUCAACAUGUUCAUCAAAAGCCAGAAACGAUCUCCGUUAAUCUGAAAAAGCAAUCUCCUGUUAUGAAACGUGCAGAAGUCUACUCAAACGUCCCUAAACAAACAUCAUAUGCAGCUCCAAAUGAUCAGUACCAUAGCUUCCCAGAAACACAUAGCAGAUUGCAAAGUUUAGCGGAUUUAGUAAUGUGGAAAGAUGUAUCAAGAUCAGUUUUUAUAUUUGGGAUUGGAACAUUUGUGAUACUAUCAUCCUCCUACAUGAAGGAUCUAAAUAUCAGCUUCAUUUCUGUCAUAUCCUAUAUGAGCCUUGUUUAUCUGGCUGUCAUCUUCCUCUUCAGGUCCAUCAUCUUGAGGGGAGCUUAUGAAAUAGAAAAUGCAAAUUCUGUGGUGGGUGAAGAAGAAGCAAUUUGGUUACUGAAACUGGUCCUGCCUUACUUGAAUGAGUUCCUGCUAAAGUUUAAAGCUUUGUUUUCUGGUGACCCUGCCACCACAAUUAAGUUGGCAGUGCUGCUCUUUGUUUUGGCCAGGUGUGGCAGCUCCAUAACCAUUUGGACAAUGGCCAAAGUAGGCUUUUUCGGAGUUUUCACCAUACCAAAAGUGUGCUCUUUGUAUUCUACCCAGAUAACAAUCUUCGCUAAAUUUUGGGUGCGACGGUUUCGGGAUGCUUGGGACUCCUGCUCUCACAAGAAACCAGUGACCAUUGCGAUCUUUCUACUAGUAUGGAACUUAUCUUCAGUAGAGGCUCGAAUUUGGGCAGCGUUCAUUUUGGUGGUGGCGUUCCGAUACUAUCAGCAGAAGUUGGUGACGGAGGAGUGGGUGGAAGAUGAUGUAGCAGCAGUAGAAGAAGAAGAAGGAGCUGAAGAAACUUGGCAGGGAGGACAAAGAGCCACUCCAGUUGAUAUUCACAUCACUAAACAAAAGAAAGGAUUCUAAAAGUAUAUACCAAUAUAUCAUAUCAAAUAAUGCGCUCAUUUGCCCGCUUUUUUUUUCCCCCUUCUUUUUUGUCCCUUGAUUUACUGUAAAUAUGAGGGACAUUUGUUGAUUCUGUCAUACUAAGUUACUAACAAGUGUAGGAGGAAAUUGUGAGUUUGUGACCAAUAACUACUUCACAUUACAUGUACCCUUACAAAUAUGAAUGAAAAUGGCAGUUGGUUGAUUGGUCAACAAUGCUUCUUAUUUGCUUGA